CGACCACUCAUAUAUCCAGCUCAUCCGCCAGCGCACUCUUCCUGCCCUCUCUAUACAAGGAGGGCCUCACAGAGCAGCAGGAUUCUGCACGUGGCCGGGUGUCUCCAUCAUUCGGCUGCGCUGAUCCGAGGUCGCCGUAAUCUCACACCGGAUUUGCUACCCUUUUCCUGCAACGCAGCAUCAUUUGCGUCUCUUGACUCUUUCCUAACCCCAGCGCUCCUCUUUACGACAAGCUGCGGCCCUUUUCAGCCCACUUUUGGCGUUUUCCUGCCGUUACAAGACGCUGGACGGUUGUAACCUGGCCAUAGUCGCUCCUUACCUUGACUCCCAAUGACGACUUAUGCCCAGCGCAAUCAACCCACGAGCCUCAAGGAACGAAUUGCCGCCCUCAAUGCAGGCGCUGCGACCCAGUCGCGCGCUGUCUCCCCGACGCCAGGGAUACCUGUCAACCCACAGGGCUCUUUGAGAUCGAAGGUCGCCCAGUUCGAGCAGAAGGGCCCCGUUCCAGCGCCCAAGACGUCCUUCGGCAGCGCAGCGCCUAUCCCUGGAGGCCCUUUGGAACCACAGCUGACAGGCAAGAGCGCGGCGCCCGGCCUCGGACCCCCGCCGCGCGGUGCGAAGGGUACUCGCAGUGUUUCGGCACCCUUCGCGAGCGAGCCUGAGGUGCCCAAGCCGCCGCCUCCGCCCUCGUCCACGUCCACGUCCACGUCUAUAUCCCCGGCACCGUCCCCGCCCGAGACGCCUCCCAAGCUCGCGAAGGACCUGCGGCAACGGAGUACGUCCUUCGCCGCCGCGCUCGAUCGUGCCCGGCAUGCGGAGCAGAAGGCCAAGCAGCGCGAGGCGCGCGAGCGCUCGCGCGUCACGCCGAACCACACGGGCACCUCGCAGGGAAUCGCGCCACAGCAUACGGGGUCGAGCGGGCCGAUGCUGACGCCCAUGCACACAGGCGGGAGCACGAUCAGCUGGCUCGUGCCCAUGAACACGGGCGGGAAUACAGGCAGUAUGCUCUCCCCGCACGUCACCGGCGGCUCGAGCUUCUCCCAUCCCGAGGGCGCAAUAACAGAAGACCCAGAGGAGAUGCACCAGCAACCGGUGAAGCCGCCCCUCACGAUUGGCGGCGAUCAAGCGCCCGAGGGCGCGACGCCCGCGUCACCGAAGGCGAAUGGUAUUCUGCCCUCGCUAUCCACUGCUGAGCUUCCUAUACCCACCUCUACCUCAUCCCCUGCGGACGACACAUCCUCGCCGAAAGUCCCUAAUCCUCCUCCUCCCGAUACCCGUACUGCUCCCACGUCCCGCCAGGAGAAACGAGAGUCCCAGACCCAGUACAUUCAAGUCAUGCCCCCGCGGCCGCCGGCUGACGUCCCAUACACGCCGAAUUCUUCAUUCAACAUGGACGAGGAGGAAGAAGCGCCGCACACGCCUACUCGCGCUUCAUACGCGCGCUCGCGACCGAUGAGCAUGCUUGAGUUCGAUACCCCUCGAUCUCUUCUGGGUAGCCCGGGCGUUGUCCAGACGGCCGAGCGCGCCACUGCGUCCAAACCCCUCACCGUGCAGCCGCCGCCUCCGCCUGUACACGUUCGCGGAGCCAGCCAGGAUACGCCUACCACGCCUACGCACCGCGUCGGGCGGUCAAUCACGCUCUCGCAUACGCCUAACUUCCGUGCACAGACCGGCGAGCGGGGCUUCCGUGCUGUCGUGCAUGCUCGUGUGCGGGAGCAGUCGAAGUGUACACCUCCGCCGCCGGAACCGCCGAAACCGAAGGCGGCACCGGCGACUACGAUCGUGAGCGAGGAGGUACCUUCGACGCCCGGUCUUGGCGACCUUGCAUCGUUGUUGGGGCAGGCGGCGAUGUUGGAGGAGCAGCUCAGUGCGGGUGUGCUUCCGGACGAGACUCCAGUGCCCAAACCUGAGCCCGAGCAGGCGCAUAAGGAAGAGGAGGCCGUCAUGUCCGCACCCAGCGAAAGCGAGGCAGAGCCCGAAAUGGUCCUACCCGUCGGCGCGAGCAUCGGUGGGCGGACGAAGCGGAAACGGACGUUCAAGAACCCGCUCGCGAAGGUCGGUGUGCGGAGGAGCCGGACGACGGGGAGUAUCUCGUCGGUGACGACGGAGGAGCCUGUUCCUCCUUUGCCCACCGUCACUCCUGCGCCAGAAGUUACGACGACGCCCUCGCCAGAGCCCAAGCUCGUCGCACCGAGGCCCGUAGCUGCGAACGCUGCAUCGUCUUCGGACACAUUGCAACCACCACCAGGCCCGGGGUCGGCGCCCCCGACCCCGCCACCUAAGGUGCCGAAUUCGACCCUCGGUCGCGCGAAGACGUCCGCCUCGACGCCUCCUUCAGCGAUGCCCGCGAUCGAUGCCGAUGGUCAUCGCCAGCGCUUCUCCACCUUCCGGAGCCUGUCCACCCGCAGCUCGUCCGCGUUUUCCGCAAUCCGGCACAGCAUGUACGUCGGGCCCUCGGACACGUCCGACAACGCCUCCAUGAUGUCCGCGAACAAGAGCGCCGAGUUCGACGGCAGCGCGGAGGGCAGCGACCUCGGCGUCGCGUUCCCGCGCAAGAGCACGAGCCGCGCGCCGAGCGUGAAGAGCCACGGGAGCGGGAGCGUGCGCAGGCGGUUCGCGGACAAGAUCUGGCCGGGGAGCCGCAGCCGCGUGAAGAGCAACGUGAGCCGCGCGGGCGAGGAGAGCGUGCGGGCGACGCCGAGCAUCGACAUCGUGCCGCCGAAGUGGGAGGAGGGCGACAUGCCGAGCUUCGAUGCGAGCGAUAUGCCGAGCUUUGCGGUGGAGGAUUUGGUGACGAGCACGCCACCGCGGGCGAGGCGGGGGUCGGGCGAGUCGACGGCGACGACGAAGGCGAGGGAGCAGCCGAAGCGGAUGGAGGUGCCGCCUGUGGCUGCCCCGGCGACGCAACAAGGUCAGACCUUGCACCUGGCUCAGCCGGAUACGCCCCAGCGGCGGCAGUCGUGGGCGUCGUGGUCCUCAACGACAACCUCGCCGUCCUCGGUGUCGUUCGACCCCGCGCUCGUCGACCAGUUCCCCUCCGUGCCACAAAGCAUGCCCGAAGGCCAGCGAACCAGCGAGGAUCCCGCCUCGGUCGGGACCCUCGGCCUGCUCUGAGCUAAGCGAUGCUCAUUCGGAUGCGGCUCUCCACGCGUAUACGACGCCCACACGACGGCGACGACACACGUCCACCCGUGUAUCAUAGGUACGCGAUAAUUUAUACGCCGGCGCGCGCGCAAUAGUCGCGCGGGUUGCGACUCUCGCGGUGCAAGAUCCUUGGGUACAGCCAAGCCUGUCAACGCUUUUGCUGCGCCCGGUCCUGUCUGUACACAUUCGAUAUUCCACCGCUACGCGCGCUGCACUCCGGCUUCUCUCAUCUUACUUACUCCUACUCGUACUGAUCUUCUGCGCUCGUGGCGCAUCUUUCGACUUAUCUUACAUUUUGCGCCGUUCCGGUGCGGCUUUUUGCAUACUCACGUCUAUCUCAGUACGGAUCUACUCUCGUUUUAGUGUGCUUGUCCUGAAUAUCUGGAGGGGCUUGUUCUGUUGUGCAUAUAUAGAAUCUCCUUGCAUCGGCAGGCUGGAACAAAACAUCCUGGUAGACUUCC